AUGAUUAAUAGUGCCCUACGAGCUGCCAGUGCCUCCGGGAUCCCGCAGGAAGACCUCUGUGCUGCAGGAAGAUUAAGGGAAGUUUCAGAGAAGCUGAACAAAUAUAAUUUAAACAGCCACCCCCCUUUGAAUGUAUUGGAACAGGCUACUAUUAAACAGUGUGUGGUGGGACCAAAUCAUGCUGCAUUUCUUCUUGAGGAUGGUAGAGUCUGCAGGAUUGGUUUUUCAGUUCAGCCAGACAGAUUGGAAUUGGGUAAACCCGAUAAUAAUGAUGGUUCAAAGUUGAGCAGUGGCUCAGGGGCAGGAAGGACAUCCAGGCCAGGCAGAACUAGUGACUCCCCAUGGUUUCUGUCUGGUUCUGAAACUCUGGGCAGACUGGCAGGCAACACCCUUGGAAGCCGCUGGAGUUCGGGGGUUGGUGGAAGUGGAGGAGGAUCCUCUGGCAGAUCGUCAGCUGGAGCUCGCGAUUCCCGACGGCAGACCCGCGUUAUCCGCACCGGGCGCGACAGGGGCUCCGGGCUGCUGGGGAGCCAGCCACAACCGGUGAUUCCAGCCUCAGUCAUUCCAGAGGAACUCAUUUCACAGGCACAAGUUGUUUUACAAGGGAAGUCCAGAAGUAUUAUUAUUCGGGAACUCCAGCGAACAAAUCUUGAUGUAAACCUUGCUGUAAAUAAUUUGUUAAGUCGUGAUGAUGAAGAUGGAGAUGAUGGGGAUGACACAGCAAGUGAAUCAUACCUUCCUGGAGAGGAUCUUAUGUCUCUUCUGGAUGCUGACAUACAUUCUGCUCACCCAAGUGUCAUUAUUGAUGCUGAUGCUAUGUUUUCAGAAGAUAUUAGUUACUUUGGUUAUCCAUCCUUUCGGCGCUCAUCACUUUCCAGGCUAGGCUCAUCCAGAGAGAGAGACUCUGAGCUGUUGCGUGAACGUGAGUCCGUUUUACGUUUGCGUGAACGAAGGUGGCUUGAUGGAGCCUCGUUUGAUAAUGAGAGAGGCUCUACGAGUAAGGAAGGGGAGCCAAACCUGGACAAGAAGAACACGCCGGUUCAAAGCCCUGUUUCUCUAGGAGAAGACCUGCAGUGGUGGCUGGACAAGGAUGGAACAAAAUUUAUUUCUAUUGGAGCUCUAUAUUCUGAACUUGUUGCCGUUAGCAGUAAAGGAGAGCUCUAUCAGUGGAAGUGGAGUGAAUCAGAGCCUUACAGAAAUGCACAGAAUCCUUCGCUGCAUCAUCCACGAGCCAUGUUUUUGGGGUUAACCAACGAAAAGAUAGUGCUCCUUUCUGCAAAUAGCAUUAGAGCAACUGUUGCCACUGAAAAUAGCAAGGUUGCUACCUGGGUGGAUGAAACCUUAAGCUCAGUAGCUUCUAAAUUAGAGCACACUGCACAGACGUACUCAGAGCUUCAGGGAGAGCGCAUCGUUUCCUUACAUUGUUGUGCUCUUUAUACAUGUGCUCAGCUAGAGAACAACUUAUAUUGGUGGGGAGUAGUUCCUUUCAGCCAAAGGAAGAAAAUGCUAGAAAAGGCCAGAGCAAAAAAUAAAAAGCCCAAAUCUAGUGCUGGUAUCUCCUCAAUGCCAAACAUAACUGUUGGAACACAGGUGUGUUUAAGAAAUAACCCCCUCUAUCAUGCUGGAGCAGUUGCUUUUUCAAUCAGUGCUGGAAUUCCUAAAGUGGGUGUCUUAAUGGAAUCCGUUUGGAACAUGAAUGAUAGCUGCCGAUUUCAGCUUCGAUCACCAGAGAGCUUGAAAAACCUGGAGAAAGCCAGCAAAACUACUGAGGCCAAGCCUGAGAGCAAGCAGGAGCCGGUGAAAACGGAGAUGGGUCCUCCUCCAUCCCCAGCUUCCACCUGUAGCGACGCAUCCUCCAUCGCAAGCAGCGCAUCGAUGCCAUAUAAACGACGACGAUCUACUCCUGCCCCAAAAGAGGAGGAGAAAGUGAAUGAAGAGCAGUGGUCUCUGAGGGAAGUUGUGUUCGUAGAAGACGUUAAGAAUGUUCCUGUUGGCAAGGUGCUAAAAGUGGAUGGUGCUUAUGUUGCUGUGAAAUUUCCGGGCACCUCCAGUAACGCAAGCUGUCAGAGCAGUUCUAAUUCGGAUCCUGAUCCUUCCUCUCUUCUCCAAGAUUGUAGACUGCUCAGAAUAGAUGAACUACAGGUAGUAAAAACUGGUGGAACUCCAAAAGUUCCUGACUGUUUUCAGAGGACACCUAAAAAGUUGUGUAUUCCUGAAAAAACAGAGAUUCUAGCAGUAAAUGUAGAUUCAAAAGGCGUGCAUGCUGUCCUGAAAACUGGGAACUGGGUUCGAUACUGUAUAUUUGACCUUGCCACAGGAAAGGCUGAACAGGAAAAUAAUUUCCCUACUAGCAGCAUUGCGUUCCUGGGUCAGAAUGAGAGAAGUGUUGCCAUUUUUACAGCUGGACAG